AUGGCCUCCACUGAAAUCACCGUCCAGGCUGCCCAAGACAAAGUCGAAGAGCUCGCUGAGCGCGAUGCUGACACUACGGACUCUGACAUCCGUUAUCUUGCCUAUGGUGCCCGUCUACGGACGGCUUUGCGCGCAGGAACGCGUUAUAUCGCUUAUACAAGUGAUAUUGGGGAAGCCUUUCGUCCAGUUGUGCCUCCAUGGAUGGUAACAGCUGCUUAUGGGGUCUCUUGGUUAUAUCUCUCUGGGGAUGUUGGGUAUGAAUCAUACAAAUCGUAUCAUCGAGGACCAACACCCAUCGAGGCUGCAAAUUUCUCGGAACCCAUGAGGAUAGGUAUUUCCGCCGUCCAAAGAGCGGCUUUCCAAUCCAUAGCGUCCAUGGCGCUCCCGGCUCUCACGAUACAUACAGCUGUGGCUCAGUCCAAGAAGGCCUUCCGUCACGUUACGAACCCAAAAGUCAGGACUUGGGGACCAACGAUGACAGGAUUGGCUAUUGUGCCAGUUCUGCCAUAUCUCUUUGAUCAUCCAGUUGAGCAGGCCACUGACAGAGCCUUUGACUGGAUACGAGAGAAGCUCAUAGAGCGAAAUGAGGCCCAGAAGAAGGGUGCCUUAUCCUCGGACAGAAAGGAGCUAUAA